AAGAGCGAAUAGAAAUGGUAGGAAAGGUACAAGAAUGGCUAUGCGUGUGGAAUUGGAUUCAUCGUCGAAAUUGGAGAUGCAGUCAGCAGCGUUUCAUGCACGACGGCCCAGACACCGUAGAAGAGCUUCUCGACAGGCACCUCGUCAAAAACAAAAACGAUAACGACGAGUUCGAGAAUCGGAGGCAACUCACCAGCACUCGCUGCGAAGCUCUCAGUCUGUACCGAGACAUUCUCUGCAAUGCCACCUCUCUGCAAUGCCUGGAAAGGCUCAAUACUACUGCCUGCAACCGGAUGGAAGUCAUGUGUCAUGGGUUCAAACUUCUGCAACCUAAUACUCGAGGUAUGGAACCGGAUCGACCUUGUCUUCGAAGCUUCCAACCUGUCCACCUCCGUCUGUGUCUGCAACGAUUCCGGCCUGUAACAACACACCACCCAUCAUCUGCGCCAUUGUCGUCAACACCAAAGGCAGCAUGUCUUCCAUGGACGAAGGUUCACAUGGUCGACCUAAGCAUGGACGGACGGACGAAGGUUCACAGCCAACCGGAAACGACACCAACAGCACCUGAAAAAGUCGCGCAGAGCUUGCCUCGAUCCGGAUACAUCUGCCAUGGAAAAUGUUGAAGAAGGCGGAUCCGGAUACGACAAUCUUGUAUUCGGAUACGCCUCGUUUGGACUCCUUCACCGUGAACCGGAUACCCUCUUAUUGAAACCAGAUACACACGCAACUGCUUGACCUCUUCAAUCCCUCCUUCCACGAUCUGCAUCGUCUUCGUCAUCAUCGUCAACACCGUUCUUCAUCAUCAACAACAUUCUUCAUUAUCAGCACCGUUCUUCGUCCUCCCAUCACAUGGCACAGUACAAACUCGUGAAUGCACAGUAUGUUUAUGAAUUUUUAUGUUUUAUUGAUUUCUGUUGUAAUUGAAUUGUUCGUACAGGGGCACAAGCGUCUUUGCUUAGGAAAUCACCUUAAAUCCUCUCAGAUUAGCGAGAUCACUUUAACACUACCAUCCCGCAAAUCAGCCGAUUGUUAUCUUCGCAAAUCAACACAAAUCAUCUCAAGCGAACACCUCCACUUUUACAAUUCCAUCGUCUCAAAUUCCUGUGAACAGUGUAUUCCAUUCAAAGGAACACA